ACUUGUCAGUUCUUGCUUGUCAGCAGGGCUUGCUGGUAAGUGAGGGGUACUAAGGCGGAGCAGGCAGGGCGCAGGGCGGAGCCGGGCAGGGGUCUGAGCACCCCGUGGCUCACCCUGCGGCUCAGGCUCACCCUACUCCACCCAGCUCCUCACUUUUUCCCUUCUCUUUACCACUCAGUUCUCCUCUUGCCUCCAAAUCCUCCGGGGGGAGGGGGGCCGGUAGCUUCUUUGGCUUUGUUUAAAGGGAAAAAGAACAGGAACAGACUCGAGGCGCUUUCUCCCGGACACAGUCCUUAUUCCUGUCCCUGGCAGUAGUAAGCAUCAUCAUGGCUGGUUUCCACAGCUGCCUCCAGCGCGCACCUGGGGCCGGAGUCCCCUGUGAUCCUUGCAGGCUCUGAGCCAUCUCUGGGGACGCUGCAGGGGAAGUGACAAAGUGACUGAAAGACUCACUGGGCUGUUCCCAGCAAGGAGAGGAGGCUGGGAAGGGACUACACAAACUCUCUCCACCUCACCCCCAGUGAGAACCUGCAGCUAUGGAGUCUCCAACCAAGGAAAUUGAAGAAUUCGAGAGCAACUCUCUGAAACACCUGCAACCUGAGCAGAUCGAGAAAAUCUGGCUUCGGCUCCGCGGGCUGAGGAAAUAUAAGAAAACGUCCCAGAGGUUACGGUCUUUGGUCAAGCAAUUAGAACGAGGAGAGGCCUCUGUGGUAGAUCUUAAGAAGAAUCUGGAAUAUGCAGCCACAGUGCUUGAAUCUGUAUAUAUUGAUGAAACAAGGCGACUGCUGGAUACAGAGGAUGAGCUUAGUGACAUUCAGUCAGACGCUGUGCCUUCUGAAGUUCGGGAUUGGCUGGCCUCCACCUUCACACGGCAGAUGGGGAUGAUGCUUAGGAGAAGCGAUGAGAAGCCCAGGUUCAAGAGCAUCGUCCAUGCGGUGCAAGCUGGGAUAUUUGUGGAAAGAAUGUAUAGACGGACAUCAAACAUGGUUGGGUUGAGCUAUCCACCAGCUGUAAUCGACGCAUUGAAGGAUGUGGACACGUGGUCCUUCGAUGUCUUUUCCCUCAAUGAGGCCAGUGGAGAUCAUGCACUGAAGUUUAUUUUCUAUGAAUUACUCACACGUUAUGACCUGAUCAGCCGUUUUAAGAUACCCAUUUCUGCACUUGUCUCAUUUGUGGAGGCCCUCGAAGUGGGUUACAGCAAGCACAAAAAUCCUUACCAUAACCUGAUGCAUGCAGCUGACGUCACACAGACUGUGCAUUACCUCCUUUAUAAGACAGGAGUUGCAAACUGGCUGACAGAGCUGGAGAUCUUUGCAAUAAUCUUCUCAGCUGCCAUCCAUGACUAUGAACACACUGGAACUACCAACAAUUUCCACAUUCAGACUCGGUCAGAUCCAGCUAUCCUGUACAAUGACAGAUCUGUCCUGGAGAACCACCACCUGAGUGCAGCCUACCGCCUUCUGCAGGAAGACGACGAGAUGAAUAUUCUGGUUAACCUCUCAAAGGAUGACUGGAGGGAGUUUCGAACUUUGGUUAUUGAGAUGGUAAUGGCCACAGAUAUGUCCUGUCAUUUCCAGCAAAUCAAAGCCAUGAAGACAGCCCUGCAGCAACCAGAAGCAAUUGAAAAGCCGAAAGCCUUAUCCCUCAUGCUACACACUGCAGACAUCAGUCAUCCUGCGAAAGCAUGGGACCUGCACCACCGCUGGACCAUGUCUCUCCUGGAGGAGUUCUUUAGACAGGGUGACAGAGAAGCAGAGCUGGGGCUGCCGUUUUCUCCUCUUUGUGACAGAAAGUCAACCAUGGUUGCUCAGUCACAAGUGGGUUUUAUUGACUUCAUUGUGGAGCCCACCUUCACUGUGCUCACGGACAUGACUGAGAAGAUUGUGAGUCCAUUAAUUGACGAAAGCUCCCAGACUGGUGGGACAGGCCAGAGGCGAUCAAGUUUGAACAGCAUCAACUCAUCAGAUGCAAAGCGAUCCGGUGUCAAGAGUUCUGGGUCAGAAGGAAGUGCUCCCAUCAACAAUUCUGUCAUUCCUGUUGACUAUAAGAGUUUUAAAGCCACUUGGACCGAGGUGGUACAGAUCAAUCGGGAGCGGUGGCGAGCCAAGGUACCGAAAGAAGAGAAAGCCAAGAAAGAAGCUGAAGAAAAGGCUCGCCUGGCUGCUGAGGAAAAGCAAAAGGAAAUGGAAGCCAAAAGCCAAGAUGAACAAGGCCCUACCAGCAAAGGCGAGAAAAAGACAUCAGGAGAAGCAAAAGGCCAAGCCAACGGAACGCGCAAGGGUGAUAACCCUCGCGGGAAGAACUCCAAAGGCGACAAGGCAGGCGACAAGCAGCAGAAUGGUGACUUGAAAGACAGUAAAAAUAAGGCAGACAAGAAGGAUCACUCCAACACCGGAAAUGAGUCAAAGAAAACAGAUGAUCCAGAAGAGUAAAAAAGACCUCACAUAGACUGAGGCUGCCAGUGUCUCCCGCCAUUUUAGCUGAGCUUCUCCAUUCUCCUUCUUCCACAAAGACUCAUAUCUGGGGAAGGUCUACAGCUUUCAAAGCCAAGUCCCACAUUUGGCCUUCUCUCUUCCCCCCCAGGGGCCUCUGGGGGUUGGCUUGAGGUCUUAGAAUUCUGGGGGAUUUCUUUCCCUGAACACACAAAACCCAUGUGUAGUUCUUUAUGUUCUGUUUAUUUUCAUUUUGGUUUCCUCCCAGCCCAGCCCAGCAGAAAUUAAACAUGAAAGGCCACCUUACAAUCCAUUACUAAUAAUCUGGCUUUCUGGACCUGGUGAAAGGCUGACAUUCCGGAUGUGCUGAGUGAGACCUGGAGACUUCCAUUUUGUUUUUGUUAAUGCUGUUAUUUUAUAUUGUUGCCUUUCACACCGGCUCCUGAUGGUGAAUAUAGCCAGGCUGGCCUUCAUUACAACUACAGUGAAAUGCCAAUCUCUGGUUCUUUUAUUUUUCAUUAGUUGAGAACUUUCAUUUUUUUUCCAGUUUACUUUAAGACUUAAAAUUAAGAACAAUUUUUUCCCAUUAGUGUAAUACAAAACUGUUUUUUUUUUUAAAGAGGAGCUUAUCCUGUAGGUCUCUGUAUUUGAUGCUUAAUUUAUUAUCUGUAAAUCCAUAAAUAUAAACUUGAAUGUGUUAGCUGAUGACCAUACUGCCAGGCGGGUUCCCCAGUGCUCUGACUGGUAGUAGGAAUCACUACAAUGUCGCUGAAAUGCUGACCACUGUCUGGUCACUUUCUUUUGAAUAUCUAUAAAUUUGCCUCAUUAAUUUAAAAACAUUUUAGAAAGGGAAGUGAUAAGGGACCCAGAAUCAGAGAGAUGAGAUUCACUUAAAUAAUAAAGGAGUUGAUUAAUAGCACAAAUAGAAAAUAAAGAUAAGGUAUUUAUCAGGGAAAGGGAAUAAAAGUAGAUUGUUCUGAAGCCAAACAGAAAGUGGGAUCCAGUGAAAUGCAAGGAAGGUAUGAUUUUUUUCCCAUCAUUUGAUUUGGUUGUAUUUUUAUUAUAUAGUUUUAGGUCCCUUUUGAACAUAAUGCAUGUCUUAUAGGAUUAAUGUCAGGAAAAAAAAUGAACUAGAUAAUGAACUUAGAUGAAUUCCACAGAUUUAAUUCCUAUAUUGAAAGCAUACAGUCAGAUAUUUUAAAGUAUCUGUAUUGCUGAAAUAAGUUAUUAGUGUUUCUUCAGAGGUUAAAGAAGACUGUGUAUGAUCCUUAUGAUAUCUUGGUUCACAGAAACAGGCUACGGCAGGAAGAUGUGAAGAAAAGUUGUUGCCUGGAGCACGCAGAACCAAUGUUUACUGACUUUUCUCUGUUGGUUGUAUAUUUGGCCUCAUCACAACACUGACACGUCUUCAUUGUUCUACCUGCCUUCCUAAAUAAAUUAUGAGAUUUCAGAUUUAAACAACUUUGGGAGCAUAGAUGGAAUGGCCAAAUGUAAUGAUUAGAACAAGCCAUGUAUUAUCUAAGUAUUGGAAUACAGGGCAGUUUGAUGGGCUGUGAUAUCAAGGAGACAGUAAGAAAGAGUAAGAAUGUUGGGAUACUGGAGAGGCAAGGCUGUGAGGGAAGAGUGAGGAUGCUCAGGAAUUGGCGAGGAUGGGUGUUAGUGAAGAGUAAGGAUGGGGAGGAACUGUUGAAGGAGAUGCUGUGGUAAGAAAGCAGCAGCCCAGUAUCAUGGGCUAUAUCCGUGCUGUAUAGGAACAGAGGUCCUACGUACACAGGAUUUUGUGUAAAUCUCCUACAAAGUUUUACACAUGGGCUUCUAAUUCAGAUGCUUACACUGCACUAGUGAAAGAAAAUGUGCUUAUGAGCUGCAUGCCACCCAGGGACCACCGGAUUGCAAACUGUGUUCUUAAAGGUAGAAUGAUUCUGUGUGUCAAUUCAAUGCAAUUGAGUGUAUGCAGUCUAUGCCUUUGGAACAUGAGCCUUUACCUCACAUCUACUCUGUAUUUUUGUAUGCGAAGCACUUGGGCAGUUGAUACAGAAUGCCUACUGCUUCAUUUUAUAAUCUAGCAAAUAACACUAAACAAUAUUUUAAAAGAAAUAGGAAUAUAGCCAUUUCUCUAGAAUCAAUGAAGAUGUAAAUGAUUUAAAUUUGCUGUUAGCCAUUAAUCAGCUAAAAAAAGAAUGGGAAAAGAGCUUCACAUGCUUACCUUAGAACACUCAGGAGGAACAAAAGCUCUGCUAACUUAAUCUCAGCAUUCAAUUUCUCAAGUGUUAAAGCACAUUGAAUAAACUUGCAAAGCCAUUAGUUUAGAAGCACAUUACUCUCUGCUCUAAACUCAUCCUAGAUCUGAUACCACAUUAGAAUAAUUAUUCCAGGUCAGUAUUCACGAGAAGAAACAAUAUUUCCAAAGCUCUGGCAUUUUUUAUGUGGGUUUUGCUUUUCUUGAAACAACUUUUUCCAAGUUUUGCGUUGAUAUCUAACCAGCAUCAUCCCAUACCCCAGUUAUCAUCUUGCUCUGGUUCAUGUGCAUAGUGCAGCCUUGCACACCAGAGUUACUAUAAGAAACUGUGGACACAGCAGUGGCCUCAUACUCAUUCGUAUUACAAAAAAUACUUUUCAUCUGUCUGGGUAUAACUUGAUAACUGGAAUCAUCUCUUGAGUUGUACCUUCAUAUCACCCAACAAGUCUAUAUCCAAGUUAUGUCACUAUGGUCUCAUCUUGGGACAGAGGGACUGAUCUUUACGGAGUUCUGGUUUUUAUUUCUUAUUUGUAACUGCCUUUCCUAGCCUGUGUGUCCCAGUAGCUUAUGGCAUAAAUUAAAAGAUACAUUUCUAAAUCAUUAAAGCCCUUUUUUUCCACUGGCCGUUUUGUUCUUGGAACUUUUAAGAAACUGUUAAAGACAUCUGACAGAUUCUGUGUACUUCUACCUUUAUAAUCAUCAUGAUAAGCAACCAAAGCCAAAGGCAAGCUAGCGUUGCAGUUUCAUCUCCUUUGUAGAAUCUCAGAUAUUAUAUUUUCCAACUCCAGCCAUGACAUUAGAAAGCAUAAAAAUGAAAAGGAAAGGAUGAUGUUAUCAUACAAUGUGAGGGGAGGGGGCUAUUUUGUGCUCCACAUUCUGGCAUUUGGGAACCUGAACUCUCUUCUCUCAUGGGUAACUUUUCUUGAGACAGACUUUAUGAGUCAGUGGGAAUAUAGAUGGGUUUGACAAAUAAGGUAUAUCUUCCUCUGGUGUGAGUAGAGAUUUUGAUAAUGAGAAACAUUUUAUAAUGUUCUCCCAGUGAGUGUGGGGGAAGUAGAAAAUCCUUUACAUGAUGAGAUGGAGGAGAUUCCAGGACUGGAAGUCCGAGUGUAGCAUAAUUUUCCAAAUAAAAGAGAUUGGGGCAGUACCUUUCUUCCCAGUCAGACUCUUCAUUCUGACACUGAGAUGCCCAGCCACACUGCAGGAAUUAGACGCCGGGUCUGUCACACUGCCUGGCACCCAGCCAACACUCGGGACCCACAGGAGCACUGUCAGGUGGAAUCACACUGUCCCCUUCCAAUUCAAACAAAGUUCAGAUUUCCUUUACAACCUAUUCCACACCUCCUCCUUCUGUGUGGCUGUAUUCAUGAGACAUGCAUUCUGGGUAAAGGCAGACAUACUCGAAUCACAACGGAGGGGAAACAGCAGGCUAUUUGGGGAAAUUGUCAGAGCUAACAAGUGCAUGAAUGUCGAUUAAUAUAUUUUCUGUGGCCUUUAAAUUUGAGAAAAAA